CUACAAGAGAGAGGAAGAGUACAAAGAAUUCAAAAAGGUCUCCUUUUUUUUUUCCACAGACUUAUAAAUCCCUAACUAUUGAAGGGUCGAAUUCAACAAGAGAUUUGGAUGGUUUCCAAAUAAAGCUUUUAGGGUUCCUCCAAAGAGAGCAGGGGAUCCUCCAAAUAGCAAUUGGGAAAUUAUUCUAGGAAGUACAGUAAGUUGCUUAUAGAGAUGGUGUUAUCUGCAUUUGUAAAUCUUGCAAUGGAAAGCCACUAGAAAUAAGCUUACAAUUUGGCUGGUCACUUAUGAUAAAGUUAAUUGAGAUAUGUGAUGAAUGCAAUUGGAACUAUCUCUGGAUGAGAAAUGCAAACCUUUAGAUGACAAUAGCAUUUCAUUCACUGGCUCAUUUGAUUUAUUGACUAUGAACGAAACAGCAAAGAAUGUCGCCUUCGUAUACAAAAGGAGGAGAGUUACUGAAUGCAGUCAGAAUGACUGCAGGAAAACUGUUUUAUCCCCGGAUGAGGCGUGCAAAUCGUUAGACAUGAAUAGGGUUUCGUUCACAAGCUCGUUUGAUUUAUCGACUAUGAAAAGAACGUCAAAGAAUGUUGGCUUCGUAUACAAAAGGCGGAAACGUAAUGAAUGCAAUUGGAGUGACUGCGGGAAAACUAUUUUUUCGACUAUGACGGAAACAGCAAAGAAUGUUGGCUUUGUAUACAAAAGGCGGAAAUGUAAUGAAUGGAAUAGGAAUGACUGCAGGAAAGCUAGUUUAUCUCUGGAUGAGUCAUGCAAAUCUUUAGAUAAUGUUGGGGUUUCAUUCACAAGCUCAUUUAAUUUACCAAGAAUAAAAAGAACAGCAAAAAAUGUUGGCUUCGUAUACGAGAAGCAGAAAUCGGAUAGGAAAUCGGUUACGUACCUUUCACGAAAUGCAACAGAAAGUUUGAAGCAAAGUGCAAAAUGCAAUAGUGAAUAUUAUAAGGAUGGAAAAACUAUUUUAUCUGAGUGUGAGGACGCAUGCGAAACUUUAACAAAUGUUGGAGUUUCGUUCUCAAAUUCCUCUGAUUUAUCGGCUACAAAAAGCAUGUUCCCAGUCUCUUCACCAAAGAUGUUUAAAUUGGUGUUUAAGAGGACGAAGUUUGAUAGAAACUCUCUUGCAUUCAUUUCAGAAAAUACAACAUACAGAAUUGCUUGUCCAUGUUCCAGCGCAAGUUCUGACGAACAAUCAGUUAUAUUGCCCAUAAAAACAUCUAAUUGUGAUCUUCGUAAACCUGCAUUAAACUCAAUUAUAGAUGAUAGAUGUUCUUCGUCAGUCUCUUGUGUGCCAUCUUUAAUGAAGAAAGAAGAAAAGGGCCGUGAGCACUGUUCUUCUAAGGAUGCUGAUGUGGUAGAACAGUUAAACAAAGUUGCUUCAGUAAAGGAGCUCUGCAUCUCUGUGCUGAAAAGCGAUGGACUCCUUGGAGAUGCGGGGACUAGUAAUGAAGAUGAUCCUAUUGCGGUCCCUUGUGAUCGAGAUGCUAACUGUUCUGAAACAUGCAAAAUUUGUGGGCUUCUGGGAAAUCUAUUGGAGAUGUUAAUUUGUGACAUUUGUGAAGAAGCAUUUCAUCUGCCUUGUUGCAAACCAAAGAUAAAGAAAAUACCGGUCGAUGAGUGGUACUGUCAGACUUGCUUCAGAACAAAACGCAAGUCCUUAUCUGCAGAAUACUCGAGGAACAAAAGUGAACCAUCCAAGAAGAGUAAGAGUCGGUCACCUCGUCUGCGUCAGGAUUGGAUAACUUUGAUGUUGAAAGACACCCAACCAUAUACAACAGGGGUUCCAAUUGGUGAAGAUUUCCAAGCAGACAUUCCGGACUGGUCUGGUCCAAUGUCAGACAGCGCCAGUUAUUACGAUUGAACUUCUCAGAUGGAUCCUGCUGAAUUUCAUAAUCUGGAUGUGAAGAAAGGCCAUUUUGAUCCUGAAUGAAGUUGUAGCUGUAUAAUAUGAAAGGGGCCUGAUAACAAAUAUACAUACAUUUCUCUGUAGUUUAGUAUGCAAGGGUUUUUGGCAUUCGAAUUCGUAGAUUUUGUGUAAUAUGAGGUUUGCUGAUACCAAAUUCAUUCUGGAUUAGGCAGAGAGCUGUAUCAUCUAUAUAUAAUUGAUCGUGUUCGAUUCGCUGCCAACGACGGCAUUUCAAGGCCAAUUUUGUUGUGUAGCUCUAUUUAGGGGUAAAAAAAGAAGAAAUGUUUCAAUCGAGUUCAUCAAUAGUAAUUCUGAUUCAGAUUAACUUCCCAUAUGUUUUCG